AAAGAUAACAUAAUUGCCACAUGUGAAAAAAGCUUAUACAGUAGUGUACUUUGUUUUUUUUUUGGGGUUAAAAGCCCAAUAAGUUCUGAUAGACUAAUUCUUGUAAACUGACUGAGUCAGUAAGUUGAGAUGUUCGUAGAAUCGUCGUAGGUGGGUAGGACGUCGUGUGUCACGACUCUGUUUCAAAUUCCAAAACUUUUUUGAUUUGGUUUGUGCAUACGUGAUUUCGUCAUCCGUGGCGUCAUCAAACCAAUAAAGUAGUUAUAUAUGGGUUAGCUUAGUUAAAGUAGUCAAGGAGGAUCAUCCCUUGUGUUCGUCAACUUGUGUUGUCUCAAAUUCCUCAAACAUGGCGAAUCGAUCGGAGGAAGCAGAGUGCGAGAUUGAUUCUCCGCGAAAUCAGCAAGACAAGAGCAAAGCAGGGAUUUUAGAUCUGUUGUUGAAACGGCCUUUACGGUGGCUAACUAUGCUCAUUGAAGAGCUUCACUGGAGCUUCUUCUUCGGUGUUAUUGUCGUCUAUGGUGUUAGCCAAGGCCUUGGUAAAGGUCUCAGCAAAGUCAGCACUCAGUACUACUUUAAAGACGAGCAGAAGAUACAACCCUCUCAAGCUCAGAUUUACGUUGGUCUGAUUCAGAUUCCUUGGAUCAUUAAACCUCUCUGGGGAUUGUUGACUGAUGUUGUCCCUGUUUGGGGCUAUCGGAGACGACCCUAUUUCAUAUUCGCCGGCUUGCUUGCUAUGAUCUCCAUGAUGGUGUUAUGGCUGCACACGAAUCUGCAUCUUGCACUGGGUUUGUCCUGUCUUGUGGCAGGAAGUGCUGGCGUUGCUAUAGCAGAUGUAACCAUUGAUGCUUGUGUUACACAAUGCAGCAUAAGCCAUCCUACGCUUGCUGCAGAUAUGCAAAGUUUGUGUGGUUUGAGUUCUUCCAUUGGAUCCUUGGUUGGUUUCUCCCUUAGCGGCGUUUUGGUGCACUUGUUUGGGGCCAGGGGUGUGUACGGUUUACUUGGGUUGACUGCAGGGUUAGUUGUUGUAGUGGGGAUGGUUCUGAAUGAAUCUCCUUCUCGCAGCUUAGGUCGCAAACAUGCGAACGAGAAGUUUCUGGACGCUGGAAGCGCAAUUUGGAAAACCUUUCAAUAUGGUGAGGUGUGGCGACCAUGCUUG